AUGAUUCGCCUCUGUUCCACUACUAAAUCAAUUCUUGAUUUGACUACCUCUUCCAUCUCUCUCAAACAAAGACAUCAACAAAUUGCCACAAUUGCAAAGAUGUCGCAUGCCAACGUCUUGAUUUAUCUCAUGCGCCGGGACCUGCGAGUGGGCGAUAACCCUAUCCUUCAUUCUCUCAUUGAUAGCAAGGAUCAUGGAUUCACACAUCUUCUCCCACUCUAUGUUUUUGCCGCACAACAAAUCGAAGUCUCUGGAUUUAUCACCAAAGAUGGAAGUAAGAGUCCUUACCCAGAGGCCAGAAGUCAAAUCGGCGCAUUCUGGAGAUGUGGUCCCCACAGAGCGAAAUUCCUAGCGGAAAGCGUGUGGGAUUUGAAGGGUGGUCUCGAGAAGAUUGGGAGUGGAUUGGCUAUCAGGGUGGGUAUGGUCGAUGAAGUGGUGAAAGAUUUAAUCGAAGGAUUUGAAAAAACAGGCGGCAGCAAGGUUUCUGCAGUGUGGAUGACUUCCGAAGAAGGAGUAGAAGAGAAACGAGAAGAGCGCUCAACGAAGAAUAUUUGCGAUAAGACCGGUGUUGACUUCAAAUUGUGGCGAGAUGAGAAAUAUUUAAUUGAUGAUCGAGAUAUCCCAUUUGAGGAUCCAAAAGAUCUUCCCGAUGUGUACACGACUUAUCGCAAGAGUGUUGAACCCCUUCGCGAAGCGCCUCGUCCAACUUUACCAAAACCUGAAAAGAAUUCAUUGCCACCCUUCCCUACCGAUGUUCCACCCCAACAUGCUCCAUUCACGAUACCGACAAAUUACGAAGAGAUCGAGAGGGCACUUCUCACGCCAAUCAAUGCGCAACCUCUAAUCAAAAACCCUCCAUCUUACCCGGAGAAUUCAUUGUCGGUACAUCCUUUUACAGGUGGUGAAUCCCAUGCGCUAGAACGACUCGACCACUUGAUUACUUCUGGCUCAAUUAACGCUUAUAAAUCUAGUCGCAAUGGGCUUAUGGGUACUGAUUUCUCUACAAAACUCUCAGCGUACCUUGCUCUUGGUUCAAUUACUUCACGUCAGAUUCAUUCUUCCAUGUCUCUCUUUGAGAACGGUUCUGAUUCUGACAACCGGUACAAAGAUCUCGAGGGGUACGGCAAGGGUGAAAACGAAGGCACGUAUGGUGUACGAUUCGAACUUCUUUGGAGAGAUUACAUGCGUCUCUGCACUCGUAAAUUUGGACCAAAGCUUUUCCAAUUGGGUGGAUUCAAGGAGGAAGAAAAUGCCCAUUCAAAGUGGAGUAGGCUGGAUUCACCAAGAGAUGGUGUUUCAAAAGAGCAAAUACAAGAGAUCAUUGAGAGAUUUCUAAACGGUACAACCGGAAUGGGAUUCAUUGAUGCUUCUCAGAGAGAAUGUUAUCAUACGGGUUACACUAGCAACCGCGCUCGUCAAAAUGUUGCAUCGUUCCUCGCGAAACAUCUUUACAUUGAUUGGAGAAUCGGCGCAGAGUGGUACGAAUGUAUUUUGGUUGAUUAUGAUGUGAGCUCAAAUUGGGGUAAUUGGCAAUACGUUGCCGGAGUUGGAAAUGAUCCUCGAGGCAAUGAUCGGAUCUUCAACCCUGUCAAACAGGCUUUUGAUUACGAUCCCAAGGCUGAAUACGUUCUUGCUUGGGUUGAUGAGUUACGGGGCGUAGAUGAAUUAGGUCAAAUAUUUCAGGCUUGGACUAUUAACGACCAAGAGAAGAAAGAAGAGUUGGGAAUUGCAGAUACUGAGAUGGUGACGAACCCAUUAAAAAGAAUUGACUUCAAGAUCAAUAGAGGUAGAGGUGGGGGAGGUGGUAGAGGUGGUGGCAGAGGUAGACCACCAUAUAGACCGCAUGGUGGAGAUAGAUGGAUGGGUAGAAGAUCUGGUCCUGGAGACCAAGGACGAGGUGGGUUCCAGGGUGGAAGAGGAGACCGAGGUUUCCAUCAAUCUCGAAGAUUGUAUAGAGGCGGUAGAGGUUCCGGAAGCGAAUUGAGAACUGGAAUGAUGGAUAAGGAGAGAGAGGCUGCUGCGGAUAAUGAGUAA